AGGCACGUACCAAGUCCUUCCAGGUUACAUGUCCUCCCCGAGUCCCAGACCUUAGGAAUCACUGAUCGAAGAUCCAAUCGGAGGGAAAGUAGAGACCACUUUGUGUUUGGAGGGAGUCCUGCGUCGUCGGGGAGCGAGGGAGGGCGCGGGGCCGAGGCACACCUUAGCGGCCCUCCCCCGCCUCGGGCCGUAGUCCAGUCCCAAGAUGGCGGCCACCAUGAAGAAGGCGGCUGCAGAAGAUGUCAACGUUACUUUUGAAGAUCAACAAAAGAUAAACAAAUUUGCACGGAAUACAAGUAGAAUCACAGAGCUGAAGGAAGAAAUAGAAGUAAAAAAGAAACAACUCCAGAAUUUAGAAGAUGCUUGUGAGGACAUCAUGCUUGCAGACGACGACUGCUUAAUGGUACCUUAUCAGAUUGGCGAUGUUUUCAUUAGCCAUUCUCAAGAAGAAACACAAGAAAUGUUAGAAGAAGCAAAGAAAAAUUUGCAAGAAGAAAUUGAUGCCUUAGAAUCCAGAGUGGAAUCAAUUCAGCGGGUGUUAGCAGAUUUGAAAGUUCAGUUAUAUGCAAAAUUUGGGAGUAACAUAAACCUUGAAGCUGAUGAAAGUUAAACAUUUUAUAAUACUUUUUUUAAUUUGUUUAAUAAACUUGAAUAUUGUUUAAAAUGAUAAUUUCCCUUCUUCAAAUGAUAUGGAAAGCAAAACUUUUUUUAAAAUUUUCAUUUAUUUAAUGGAAACUUGCCUAUUUUCACAUGUCUUGCUUAUUUAUUUUAUAUUUUUAAAAGAAGACAGUAUUCAUCUAUGUAUUUUGCAUAACAAUUAUAUCAAGUGUAGGGGCUUUAUGUCAUGUUAUUAAAAUCAGUUAAGCAAUC